CAGCGCUUACAUAGUGAUUCUCGUAACUUUUUUAUGCAAUGGUUCGUGAUCAUUUAUUCGGUUUUGCUAACCAUUUUUUUCCCGUUGGAUCCCGUUUGCUGUGUGUGUUCUUCUGGCAUAAAGUUGAUUUUUCCGAUUAUUACAAGCUUCCAAUCAAACAAGAUUAAUCGCAUUCAGCUCUUCACUGCGAAUACGGUUAUUACAGAUCUUUCUGAAAAAUGCUCACUCUUCCUCAGACGAAUGGUCCGACAAAGUUUGUCCGUGGGAUCAUUCCGAGAAAGAGACGCUUGUAAAAACUCUUACAGCUCAUCGACCGAUACGCGAUUUAAAAAGAACUGAUUAAAACCAUCUACAACGAGAUUCUCGGUGGAAAGCUAAGACUGAGUUCAUCAAAAGGUCACUGUAAUAAUGCUCUAUUAGCAAUUUUUGGAAAAAGUAUGCAUUUCCAGUUACGGUGCACCCGGGCCUAAGUCGCAUGAUGGAAAUGGUGUAAAGAUGUGAUUUAAAGUUUUUGACAAGAAAAUUAAAUAUUGCCGAGGUGAGCUAACUCGCUG